CAUAAAAUUGGUCGUUUUGUUAAAGAAAAGCAAAAUUCCUCUUAGUUGAACGUCCGGGACGCAUUUCCGAGGCGAUGAAAGAGUUUAUUACAGUGUUACGUUUCUACUGAUUUCUUCCGAAGGUAUAUUUUUCGACCUGCCAUGCGAUACUCUGAUCGCUCGGGUUGUGUGAACAUCUGAAUGUGGUGAAUACGAUCGACCGGUGGUUUAAGGUUCACCGUUACUGUGAAUUUCUUUGGGUAGUAUUUGCGGUUUUGCGAUCGUGUAAAACCAUGGCCACUGCAGAGGGAUUUCUUCAAAGCCCACUGGUUGUUUGGGCGAACAACACUUUCAAAGGAAGUGCUCUCAUAGAAUCAAUCACAGACUUGGCUGAUGGAGUUUUUCUGAACGAGAUCAUGAUGGACAUAGAUCCAACUUACUUCACGUUGACGCGAAUUCAUCAAAAUGUUUACGGGGAUGUGAGUUUGCGGAUACAAAAUUUGGACAUACUUGUCAAACACUUGAGAAGUUAUUACCAGGAGAAACUACAGCAGCUUGUUAUUUUAAGAAUUCCAGACAUUGUGACAAUAGCUCGUGAACCGCAGAGUGAUGAAGCAGCAGAAGAACUCACCAAGAUCCUGCUGUUGAUGCUGGGUUGUGCUGUCCAGUGUGAUAAUAAGGAGCACUUUAUUGAAAGAAUCAAAGAGAUGGACCUUGAAGUUCAAAGAUCUUUGGUGGAACAUAUCCAACAAAUCACAGACAAUCCAGACAAUGUUCUCACCUUCAGACCUCAUGACCUGGCUGAAUAUUCUGCUGAGCAGUUGUUGGGUUUUGCAGAAAGUAUGUUUUAUCACAUGACACAGUUGGCUGAGGACAGAGACAACUGUUCUGGGAUGAUGUCACACCUGUCUUACGAAAGAGAUGCACUUCUCCGUGAUAGCGAAACCAAGGGUCGUCGUCCAUUUUCACCACCAGCAAGCCCUGCUGUCAGUCACAACAAAGAGUUGACUUCUACAUAUGCUAACAAGGAAAAGAUCAGACUUCUCACAGAGGAAAUAGAGGAAAAGAAUGUUGCCCUCGCAGAACUUCGAGAUGAGCUGCUGGCCAGCAAAAAGGGUUUGGAGGCACUAAGGCAGGAGAAUAAGAGUUUAUCCCAAGAUGCCCGAUGGGUGAAAGCUUACAGAGAUGAGAUUGAUGCACUGAAGUCUAAGACGGACAAAGUUGAUAGACUUGAGGCUGACAACCAGAGAUUUAAAGAAAAGCUACGGGAUUUAGAUUACUACAAAAAGAGAGCUGAGGAACUGAAAGAACAGAAUGAGUUAUUAUAUGAAACCAAACUUGUUCUGGAAGAACAAGUGGCUGGAAUUAACUCCAAAGAAGAAAGAAUCGAAAUAUUGGAGGAAGAAAAUAAAAAGUUGAAGUCUCACAUUCAUCAUUUAGCAGAGGAGAGGCAGUUCGACCAACUAAAGCUAAAGGAAGUGAUGGAAGAAAAUGCUCAACUUAUUGUAGACAAACAGAACAGCAUGUCUGAGGCUGCCGCUCUAACGUCUGAAGUAGAUGCACUCCGCGGGAAGAAAUCUCCAGGUUCCUCAACGUUUGCCAGCGAAUUUAGCGAGUCCAGCUCCAUUGAAGUUCUUCGAAUGCAAAAAGAAAACCAACAACUUAGGAAAACCAUCGACGAAUUAAAAAACUCGAAUCAAAGGAUCAUUGAACUGGAAACUGCAAAUGAACAGCUGCAGAAGGCGACCUUGGAAGGGAAAACAACAGUAUUUCACCUGAAUGAGGAGGUUGCACAAUUUAAGGCGAGAAAUUUACAGCUGGAGAAUGACUUAAACAAGAUGCGCUCUGUUGUGAAGCAACAACAAGAAGAGCUGAAGACUUCUGUGGACAAUGUGCUCAACCUGUCUGGAGAACUGAGGGAGAAAGGCGUCGAAAUAGCUCAAGUCGAAGAGCAAAAUUUACUUAACUUUCAGCUUUCAGAAGAGAAACAAAGGAAUCUUGUUGAUCUGGCUGAAGAGCUGAAAGAGAAGAACGUCAAACUCACACAGUUAAACCAAGAUGCUGAGCAAAAACAAGAGAAAAUAAUCGAACUCAGCCGGGUAGCCGAAGAGAGACAAGCAAACGUUAUGGAAUUGUAUCAGCGAGUAAAAGAAAACGAACAUGAAAUUAAAAACCUCGCAGAACAGUCCGAGAGUAAAGGCGAGAAGAUUGCGGAGUUGACGAGGUUGGUGCAGAGGAAGGAAGAAAAACUCGCAGAUUUAAACUUGGAAGUAAAAGAGAGGAAAAAAGAAAUUUCAGAGUUGCAAGAUUCGGUGAAGGAAAAAGACGACAUCGUUGCGAAGAUCACUCAAAAGAUGAAAGAUAGAGAAGAAGUGAUUGCGGAGUUAAAAGAGAGUAUUGAAGCUAAAGAUAGGCGGAUUCCGAGUCUUGAGAAAAGACUCACAGAGGCAACUGACGAACAAAAUGAAACAGAAGAAAUGCUGAAAAAGCAGAGGAAAGUCAACGCUGAGCUUGAAAAUAGAAUCGAAGAUUUCUUGUCUCGCAGCAAGAAGUCCGAGGAGAACAUCAGAAGGAAAGACGACGAGAUUAACGAACUCGAGAACAGGGUUGAAGAAACAGUCAAUCAAAAGAACAGAACAGAUGAGAACCUCAGAAAGAAAGAAAAAGAAGUCUACGAAUUGAAAAAUGGACUCGAAAAAGUCACUGACGAAAAUGAGAGAAUAUCAGAAGAGCUUAAGUUCAAGGAGCAAAAAGUACAGUCUUUGCAGAGAAGAGUGGAAGAACUAAUGCUUUCCUUGGAUGAAAACUCAGAGACACUGAAUAAAAACCUCAAGGAAAAGGAAAAGGAGAUCAGAAAUCUCGAAAGAAGAAUUGAAGACCUUACUGAAGCGUUGGACGAGAGAGAAAAAAUUAAACAACUCGUGAAGGAAAAAGAGGAAAAGUUAGAAACACUGAACAAGAACUUUGACGAAAAGGACAAGCUAUUACAGGAACUCGAAAGCAGGUUGGAGGAAUCAAAUGGUGAGAAGAAAAAACUUGAGCAUAUGACGAAACUGAAGGAUAAGAAGAUCGAAGCUCUUGAAAGCAGUCUGGCUGAAGUAGAAAACACCAGCACGGUGCAAAAAGACGAUCGACUUAUGGAUAUGAAGAGAAACGUAGAAGGGAAAGACAACAGAAUUAUCGAGCUGGAGAGCAGAUUGGAGGAUGUGUCGUUAGCCAACUGUAAGCUCCAACAGGGCCUGAAAAUCAAGGAGGAGAAGAUUACAGAGUUAGAAACGAAAAUUGAAGAUGUCGAAAAUUUAACGUCCGAGAAGAACAGGCUGACCCACAGUUUGGAUCAGAAAACGAAAAAGGUUUUGGAUCUAGAAACGAAGCUGGAAGAAAUGUCAAGCGACAACCAGAGAUUACAGCUUAGUAUCGAGCAGAAAAAUGGAAAAAUAAGAUCGCUGGAAAACAAGGUUUUAGAACUUGAAGAGUCCUUGGGCUCAUCGCAUCUUCUGCAGCAAAAUAUCAAACAGAAGGACGAGAAGGUUUCCGCGUUAAAUCAGGUCAUUCAGGAAAGAGAGGAAAAGCUUGCUGAACUGGAAAAUAAGCUGGAGGAUGCCCAGGCUCGUAAUCAUAAACUGGUGCACAGUCUAAAAAUGAAGGAGGAGAAGAUCACAACACUGGAGGAAAGUGUGGAAACUCUAGAUGAGCUCAUGUCAGAGACGAAGAAGCUUAACCAAGCCGUUCAACUGAAAGACGAGAAAAUCAAAGCGUUGGAAAACAAAUUGGUAGAAUUUGAAGAAUUGACUUCUCGCAACGCCAAGUUGUCAGAUUACCUCAAGCAAAAAGAUGAUAAGAUUGUUCGACUUCAAGAGAGGCUGGACGAAGUAGAAGAUGCCGUAAACAUCAACAAUAAAUUAAGCCAAACUGUGAAGAACAAAGAUGAGAAGAUCUCCAGCUUUGAAACCAGGCUUGGCGAGAUGGAAGAACAACUAGACAACAGAGACAAGGAAUACAGAGACAUGAAAAUGAAAGCUGAGGAGCGAAUCAAAGCUUUGGAGAAGAACUUGGAGGAACAAACCUGUAAAAAAGUGGCUCGACAAAACAGUGUGAAAAGAAGAGAAGAUAAAAUAAUAGACUUGGAAAAAAGAAGAACGAAGCUUGAAGAGUACGUUGAAGAAAGAGAAGGAAAAAUCCACGACCUGCAGUCAAAACUGGAAGGUACUGUGAACAGAUACAGAAAGCUGGACAUGACAGUUGGCGAGAAGGAGAUGGUCAUAGCCGAGUUACAGGCAAAGCUUAUCGAAGCACAGGAGACCACCCGUGAGAUCCGAAAGCUGAACCAAAUUAUGAAGACGAAAGAUGCCCGGAUAGAAAACUUGGAGACAAAAGUUGAAAGUGCAGAAAGCGAACUCGCCAGUCAUGAAAGUGAGAUACGAGCUAAAGACGAAAAAAUUGAGACUCUUCAGAAAAGGCUAGACGAGACGCUUAACCUUAAUGGCAAACUGGAUCAGUCUGUGCGAAAGAAAGAGGAAAAUAUUCGCACACUGGAGAAAACUUUACAGGCAAACGAGACGAGGGAAGAGGAGUUGGAAAAAUUACUCGAAACAAAGGCUGGCAAAGUGUUAGAAUACAAAAACAGAGUCAAAGAAUUAGAGUCUGACGUAGAAAAUAAAGAUGACAAGCUUUCAGAGUUACAAAAACGACUGGAGAACUUGAGAUAUGCAGCUACAGCGGACGGCAAGCUCAGUGUGGCGCUGAAGGAAAAGGAUAGCAAGAUUGCUGAAUUGGAAGAAAGGGUAAAAGAACUGGCAAGCACAUUCGGCCAGCUAGACAAGGUGGAAAAAGCCAAAAAAGAUUUGGAGAACGAUGUUAUGAGCCUUGAAACAAAACUGGAGGAGAGCGAAAGCCAGAACAGAAAAUUAAACCACAGUCUUAAACAGAAGGAAACAAAAGUCGAAGGUCUAGAGAAACGGGUAGCGGAAUUGGAGGUCAGUCGGGAUGAUAACAGCCACUCACUGAGCAUGGCUCUGAAGCAGAAGGACACCAAGAUUGGACUCUUAACGCAGAAUAUACAGCAACAGGAGAGCGAGAACAUGGCCUUGGAAGCUAAAUUAGAAGAAGUCACUGCUCAGGCAAAUAAGUUCUCCAGGUUAAUCGAGCAAAGAGAGGAGCAGGUUAAAGGACUGAAAACGAGGCUUGAAGAAGCUGUCCAUCAGAAUAACAAGCUGACUCACGCUGCUGAGCUAAAGGAUGACAAAAUACAAUCACUGGAGAAAAGACUUGGAGCCUCUUCCAAAGAGCAGCUUCGACUAACAGAGAUUGUCGAAUCGUAUGACAAGAGAGCUGAAAAGGAUAGAGCUCAAAAAGGAAAGGGUGGAUCCUCACAGACCAUCAUCUUCAAACCGGCGGACUCUACAAGGUCGGGGCAGAACACUGUAGAGUUAUUGGCCAUCGCGGACAAAAGGAUAGCAGAUCUCAACGAGGAAAUAAGAAUUUUGGAAAAACAGAGCGCCAAGGUGACGGCUCAAAGCGAAGGAAUGUCAUCGAGAAAUGCUCAGCUGGAGAUUGAGAACGAAUCGCUAAGGAAUGACUUACAAAACGCUCGAGCGGAUUAUACGGCUCUGCAGGUGGACAUGAAUGAAUUCAGAGAUUAUUAUCACCAGCUGGACAUCGAAGCUUCAAAGAUGGGACACAGAUGCGAGAUGCUGGGUCAGCUGAAUGCCACCCUAGAGGAGGAAAACAAAGCGCUGGUGGAGCAAGUGAACAAACUCGUGGAACAGAAUCAAGAUCUUCUGGUGAAGUCGUUGGAAGACAAAGAUCAGUUCAUGGACGGCGAGAGAGCGUUCUCAGAUCGUAUCUACGCUCUGCAGCGUCAGAAAGAACGACUCGAGGAACAAGUUGACUUGGCAAACAAAGCGCUGGCAGAAAGCGCGGCCAAACCUAAAAAAAAACCUAACUUCCUUGCGAGAGUGAUGAUGAAGGCUGGAUUAAAAAAGAAGAAAGAUGAAAUUUCCCAGAAGAAACGGAACAGCGUUCAGCUUCUUCGCAUCGAUAACAGUUCAUACCUUGAAGAGUUUGACACAAGCACGUCGAUCGCCACUCCUGUCAGCAGACGGGACGAAACGGGCAGCGAAGGCUCACGGGAAAGCUCUGCUUCCGGGGAUUCGAAAGCAGCAACCAAGAGUUUGUUGAAUUCCAGCUUAAUUAGUGCCCAGUCCGAUGUUGUCCUUAGGCGGCAGAAAGAUGGACUCUUGUCCCCUUACAUCAGCACGCCUGUGUUACCUCGAGCGGAAGAACCAGACAGUGUACGUCUUCGUUCCGCUACCCACGACGUGUCUGCUUUUCGUGCGCGUCACGUUCGUUCCGAGGUAUUCAAUGACAGCGACUGGUCACCUGGAAGGCUUGGUCGCCCACGAAGCAUGGACGCUUUGGACAAGCUGCCGAGUAGCUCGUCGACUCUGACACCCAAUGAUGUUGAUUCCGGGGAUGGACUUCCAGACGGUGAUGGAGCUGGAUCUUCAGGAAAACUACUGAAGCAGCCAGGAAUGAAGCACCUGAAACCGACUGCAUCUCCAUCAGGGAUGAGGAAGCAUUACUGGACUCGCAGUAGCCCUAACAUAUCUCCAGUUGCUCCUCGAAAGGAGUAUCCAGUCUCUCUUGAACCUUUGCCACCCUCACCACCUUCUACUUCCGUGCAGAGAACGUCAAGUCCUCACUCCUCUCCUAUUCUGGCCCGAAAGUUGGAAGAGAAGCCGUCUCCUCGGACUCCUCAGCGUAGCCCAAUCAUGGGGAGGAAAGAAAAUGGCGCUUUGUCUCCUUCUCAAAGAGAUGCGCGACGGGCGAGCAUGCCCAUUACGCAGUACACUCAAAAUCUUGACACUAUACCAGUUCGAGAACGAGCUGUAGAACCGACCAAAAGUAAAAUAUCUGUGCAAGUGAUAGCUGCCGCGAACACGCCUAAUGGUUCGUCUCCGUCACUUACUAAUAAAUCCGUCUCAUCACCUUUCCAAGAGGAUCAGGCGAGGAGAGUUACAGUAGAAAGGAAAGAAAACAGUCCUCAGGCACGAGAAGGGGCACUGGUUUUUAAUGGUGGUAUAACAAGUCCUUACCAAGAGAGGGAGCGCAAUUUUGGCGGUGACAAACGCGAGGAACCCACUACAUCCACGCCUCGUGGAUUUCAGCGGCAAGAGAGCUUAAGAGGCGAUAAGAACAUUAAGAAGGGUAUGGAACCCUCCAGGAACUAUAGCACAUUGCCAUCUCGUUCUAAACAAACGCGAGAAAGGAGUGCCAAUGGAGAACAGAAUGGUGGUAAACUAAUUGAAUCCCCAAGGAACUACAAUGCUGUUCCCUCCCAUGUUCAGCACGUUAGAGAAAAGAGCUCAGAUGGAGACACGAGUGAUGGCCCAAAGGUAAUUUAUGUGAAUGACUCACCUAAUCGUGACACAAGUCAAACAAGUUCAGCUCAUUCAAGAGAAAGGAGCCUUAGUGGUGACAGAAAUGAAGGACUCAGGGCAUCAAAGCGGCAAGGCACUAUAUUUGCAGCUUCAACCGCUCCACCCCUGCAAAGUGUCCCAGUCACAGCGCAUUAUGUUACAAGUGGAACUAUACCUAAGAGCGAGGCAUCACCCAGCGCGGCAGUGAGUACUGCUGGGGCUGGAACUUCAGUUUACGUAGACGCAUCCGGGGUUGAUUUGAGUUCAACUCCGGUGGUUUCUCGUGGGAACCGUGCGGAAGUCACUUCGUCAUCGGUAUUCGCCAUUGUGCGGAAUAAACGCGGGGAUGAACGUGUACUACCCUUGUCAAACAACAAAUUGCCUUCACGCGACUCGAUUACACCAUCUCGCGAUCACACCACUCCGUCACGAGCCAGCGCCACGCAUGACUCUCGGUUGCUGUUGAAUAGCAAUACUGCUGUAUUGAGAAAUACGGUUAGUGCUGAUACCAAUAUGCCGUCACGGUAUGGUACAGCGCCCUCGCCGCCUAAUGUCGUCCCCUCUAAUCCUGUGGAAUUGAAGCCAUCUGCGAACGAACAAAGAGACGAGAACAGGAACGACACUAAGGUAAUCGUUUCUUCGGGAACAAUUCAAGAAACCACUAAACAAAACGUUUCCAGCGAGCGAGCGCGGCUUCUUGAAAUUGAACAUACAUCUCCAGCCGACAACGGAAGUAUAGCAUCAACGUACGUGCAGCCCUCUUCCCAGACCCUAGCUGAAGACAAUGACGACGAUGCUAGGUCUGUUUCGUCGCAUCGCAGCCGCGAUUGCUCACCGGCAUUGAAAAAGGUGCGCAAGGCAAGGAAAGCAGCAAAGGAAAAAGAAAUAUUCAUGGAUUCUCCUCCUGCUCUGCCAGAUGAUUCGUCGAUGGCGUCAGGUCGAAGAUCAGGCGCGGAGGAGAGGGCGCGGACGAGAUCUGUCGGGUCAAACCCAGGAGAUGGUAAGAAAUCCUCGGUUUGGUACGAGUAUGGGUGUGUGUGAUGGCUGAUUAGUUCAAGAUGUAAUGAAGUAGUUAUUUAUUGAUGUUAAGAGUGAUAGCUAAUUGCAAACAAUGAAACCUAUCAGCUGUACAUUUACAGGAAGUCUAGUCGCUUAUGGGAAACAGUCGCUUGCAACACGUCGUGCAGGAGAAUUGAUAACUCGAUCAAGUUUGAGCUGGCUCUUGCCUUGUUUUUGUUGAGUAUGAAAAAGGAAAAGAUUACGUUUUUAAAACUUUAUACAAUAGGGAUACAAAGGGGGCUAGCCAUCCAGAGUCUAGCACACUGUAUCUACGCGAGUUCUCGCAGGCUCUCGAAGAAAUCGUGUAUAUAAUGUGAAUAUCGACCGUAAUCUACUCCCCAGAUCUUUUCUUACUUUCACAGAGUGAGAAGAUAUGGGUACUAGUUUGCUUUUGCCCUUUGUACAGUUUUGGAAGAGUUAGUAAAGUUGUCUUCCCUUCUAUUAAAAUGUAUUUAUGACUAAUUUUUUCAGUGUACGUGAAUAAUCUUUUAUGAUUGCCAAAUGUCAAGUACCGUAGUCUAUUUUUGAUGAUGAACGUAAGUGAGAAUGGAAAUCAUUAGUACGCUUUCCACACCAUCGAGUUACAAGAAAGAAAAAGUAGAUUUGGAUUAAUUAGUUUGAAAAUGUUCAUACUGUUUUAUUUAUAUAGGUAUUUAAUAGCAUCGCUGUCCACUAAAUAAUUUAUUAAAUGAACGUUUCUUCAGAUGAUGAAUUUCUAACCUUUUAAUAACUGAUCACGUUUGUAAUUCUACUAAUAA